ACGACUAUCCAUCCAUGACUUGGACAAUGACCAUUUUUCCUACAAGAUUCAAGCACCACGACAAGCCUGCAGCACCCACGCCGAUUUGUACUAGGCCUUUGCAUUCACAAUCUAUCAUAAGGUCAUCACCACAUUGCAUGAAAACCUGGACUAUGUAAGCUUCACGUACUAAAAAUGACCUCGACGAAAGUUUUACAACCCUGGCGGUGUGCAUGCUCGCGAACCCCGGACGGAGUCGACAAGCCGUCGCUAACACAAUUUCCCUGUCAUCUACCAUACCUGCUGUGGCGGUUUUACGCGUCAGACGACUCAUCACAUUCACGACCACUAACUGGAGACGGCUCAGCAAUGAUAUCACCGUUGACCAAGGACAACUCGGCAAUUCGACCGCCGAUGACUGGGCAAGAGAUAAGAAAGCUUGUGAAAAGUCUGUAUGGUAUGCACGUGGCCAACACGAAGAGGUUAGGAGGGUUUGAUGAUUCGAAUUGGUACAUCAUGGUAGAUUCGACAGAGACGUCACAACCUGCUCCAUCCGAGGACAACGAAUUCAUGUUCAAAGUUGUAAGUGGGAGAGAUUCGACACAAUCGGCUCUGGCACUUUUUGGUGCCCAGAUCCAUAUCAUGCAGUACCUUCAUAGAAAGAAGAUAGUAAAUGUACCUCUCCCAAUCCCGACAAGCUCGGGGAAACUCAUCGAUAUGGUCAACAUCUCAUUUGAGGACGAACACGGUGAACUUUACGAGGCAAACAACAUUAUCCGUCUGCAGACAUUUCUCCCGGGCGUGGUCUAUGAGGACGCGCUUACAGUGAAGGCAAGUGUCCUCGGAAAUAUUGGAGAGACGUGCGCUUACUUACAUGAUAGCUUAAAGAGCUACACUAAAGAAAUUGACGCCUUGAGAGACCAUAUCCCUGCCUGGGACCUGAGAAAUGUACCUGCAACCAGGUCCUGGCUCUCACUCAUUCCGGACCUGAAGUGGAGACGUUUCGCCGAAGAUGUCAUCCAGAAAUUUGAAGAAAAUGUCCUUCGUCAUCUGGACAAACUAACCAUUGGUGUGGUCCAUGGGGACCUCAACAAUGAAAACAUCAUACUUAAAAAGGUCGAAUCGGGCCGAGAGGAAGAGGACCCUGAAUACGAAUUUAACGGUGUGAUCGACUUUGCGGACGCCUGCUUGUCUUACCACAUCUUUGACCUUGCUAUCUGCCUCACAUACUUCUCAAUGGACAGCAAGCAACACCACCCCCUGAUUGCUGCGGGAUAUGUCUUCAAUGGAUACGAGAAGAUGCGGACAUUGAGGGACUUCGAGCUUCAGCUUCUCUCUCUGUGUGUGGUCGGAAGAUUGGUCCAGUCGAAUCUGUAUGCUUACGACCAGAGAGCGAACGCUUCGGACGAACGCAAAAAUUAUGAAGAAUUGAUACAGGGGAAAUGGAGUCUGGCAAAACUCUGGUGGGAUACGCCAGUAGAUGAACUGUUUCGCCUAUGGGGUAGGGAAGGGUUAGCUUCCACGGGCAACACGUCAUAACCAUAUUCUAAACGGCCAAUUGUGAAACCUACAUAUUUAUGACAACGCAACGGACGGGAUCGAGAGCCAGUUUGACAGAAGUUGCUCAAUAUUGUAGGGUCGAAUGAGAGCUUUCCUAACUCUGUUUCAAACAAAGCCUGCUUUUGCAAGUACAAAGGGAAUAACAUAAGAAUAUAUUGUACAACUGCAAAUAAAUCCCACAAGCCUUGAUUCCACAGAUUCAGAGUAAUGCAAAUUUCAUCAUUUAUUGAUGGUUCGGGAGAGGUCAGGGAAACCAAAACCUUGCUGCUGUUGCAAUAUGUGCAAUAUAUUAAUAGCCUAUGUCACACAUCACCAUGCAAACGUCGAUAUAAUUAUAUAGUCCUAUAUCUUCCUGAUUCUAUUGGCAUCUGUUGCCAUCAGUAUCAAUGGCCAACCCAUCUGUUCCAACUGGUUUUUCUACUCUAUUGAGGGCCUAUGAGAGCAUCAUUUCAACUGCUCAGUUUAGUGACUCAACCACUCUCUUGAUUACAUUAGGCCACCACUCGGGGCCCAAUGGUAUUUGGCUAACUGCUUAGUGGUGUGGGCAGGACACCCGAGUGGGGAGGUCAGAAUCCCAAUACAGAUGUCAGUCUUCCAAAGUGGUCAAUCGCAAAACUUCUACGCAAGGUCCUUCAGACACAGCUACUGUAAAAUCGAUCAGGAGCAGUCGUCACUUUCUGUUACAUGAAAAGUGAUAACACUACUAUCAUGAAAGUUGUACAUGGGACAUUCUGCCUCCUUGAAAUUUGAGAUGUCGCUCGGACCAACUUGAACGUCUGAAGACAUAUCAUUGCCAAGUCAUCAGGACAUCAUGCAUAGCCUUAGCAAAAAUUUCACUGGAAAUAUUUAAACGUCAGGAUGAAAAAUUGAGAUAAUAUGCACAACGUGCCGAUAGUAUGUUUCUGACGUUACAAUAUUGGUGUGAUAACUAGAUUCCAACAAAAUUAAAACUAAGCGUUUAUUGCAAAAGAAAUUUAUUGAUAAUUUGGUCAUAAGAGGAUAUCAUAUAUGGUGUUACUUUUUAUUACCAAUGUUUUUUUACAAGAAUGUUAUGCUCUGUACAUCAUGAACAGAUCAGACAGCUUUAUCCCGCUCAACAAGUUAACCCACUCCUCUAAGGAAGAAAUAUACAUAUCUAUAUACAACAUACAAUAAGAGCCAUCAUAAAAUAACAAAAUAAUCAGAACACAAUGGAGUAAUCAUCUGGCCUCGGCAUGUAAAGUGUCUUUGAUACGAACACAUGAAUAUCUAAUUCUGAUCCUGUACAGCCAAUGUGUAAACCCUUUGAUCAACACGGAGGUUUACUUUAGUUAUUUCAGGUUAUACAGUAGCAGAAGGUUUUCGCAAAGCCCCCCGAAACGUCCACGUGAAUGCCUAUCCUAUUGUUCGUCUUCGUGAUCAGGAGGUCAAACAAUGGAAUAGGCGUUAUCGUUAGCGUUUCAGGGGAAAACUCCCUAGUAUCUCGCUCGAGACACCUUUGGGACUGAUAAAUGCUGUUCUUUUAACAGAGAGGUCUUAAAUGAAAUUGACCAAGAUGGGUGUACUCUACUGCAGAUAAUUUUAGGGUUAUUUCCAUGAGACAUGUCCGGCAAGUUGCAUCACUUCUUGAAUUCUUUGGCCAACAUAGCCAUAGGUGUCUACAUGCUACAGAGUAAGACUAGAACGAAACACACCUGAGUCUGUUUAUCUUUAGACGAUCUGUCUCAACAAAUAAAUAUGGUUAAGUAUCAAGACGUAAACGAAGCACAUACAGAAGCCAGAAAAUUAUCCAUAACGUAUCAAAUCGUCCCUUAUAAUAAAGCGCCCUGCAAACGAGUGAUUUUAAUUCGCUGCAACCAUGAUCACAUGUGACAAAAAUUCUUGUUUGCAGCAGCCAUCGCAGGUGCCUGUGAUAACAACUGGUAGACUACCAGUUCUACCCCUGCAGAUGAGAGGUCUUUUUGUCACACAUAGCAGCGAUUACCAUCACAGG